AUGAUGACUGCGGAUGAUAGGGCCUCUGCUGCCGAAAAGGGCGAAGUGCAGCCGGUGCAGGGAACACCAAUAGGUGUUCCGCAGAUGGGUGCCAUUGAAGCUAUUGUGGUGUCCGUAGCAGCUUUGUCAACUGAGGAGCAGGUGGUCCUCAAUUACCGAACCGCCGUGAUGUGCUUCGCGACGUUGGACAUUCUCUCCACCCUGCUGAAUAUGGUCGCAGGACUGGUGAGCACAAGGUGGGGACUUCUUUGGUGUUUGCUGGCGAUCUUCUUGGUUGGCCCCCUGAGUGGCUUGCUUGGAGCCAAGCACUUGAACCGGAAGCUGGUCUCAGUCUACUUGGGAUUUUGCUUCCUGAAAGCUGGAGUUGAAAUCGCUUUGGCAAUCUACACCCUGUGGCUUUGGAACAUCAUUUUUGCCAUCCUGCAGGUGUGGAUCAUCAAGAUCGUGGUGUCCUUCUGGACCGCGCUGGGCCAAAUCCCGGAACAACGACGCUCUGAGUUAUUGGACCUGAAAGAAGCUGUGCAAAUGGUCUACUGGUGA